AUGUCGUAUCGACGUAGUCAAGAUUUUUCUAUUAGUUCAAUGAUUCAAUUUAAUUGUGGUGGUUCACUUUCAACAACUAAAAAAUGGACAAUAAAAAAUUGUACUUCAACUAGUUGUUCAUUUGAUAUUAUAUUAAAUGAAAAAGUUAUGACAACAUAUAGUGAACUUUAUAUUCCAUCAAGAACUCUUGCGUAUGGUGUUUAUCAGCUAACAUUAACUGUAACAAUGAUUGAUUCACCAAAUUUAAAAGCAUCAUCGUCAGCUUAUGUGAGAAUAACUGCAACAGGUAUAACAGCAAAUCUUGUUCAAUUAGGAACAUCUAUGAUAACACGAGGUGAUCAACAAGAUCUUUUACUUGAUCCUGGAACAUUUUCGGUUGAUCCUGACGAAGAUAUAUUUGAUGCAACUAAAUGGAAAUAUAAGUAUUAUUGUCGAAUUUAUGAUUUAUAUAAUUUUCCAAAUCUACAAGGAAUAUUAUUAUCGGUUGAUGAUUCAAGAAUUGAUCCUUAUAAUCCAUCAUGUUUGUCAAAUCGAUCAGGAUUGAUAUUCGGAAAUUUAACUUUAUCACCUAAUUCAUCUCUAACAGUUAUCGGUGGUUCACUUCAAUUAAAUCAAAUCUAUCAAUUUAUGGUCUACAUGGAGAAUCGUAAGAAUUCUUCUAUUCAAGCAACCGGUUAUGUACUUGUUACAAUUGAAGUUACUCAUCCACAACUGAUUGCUGUUGGUUGUGUAAUAUCAUCAAUGUGUGUUCCAAAUCUUGAAUUUCAACUUCUUAAUCCAACAACACAAGUUGCUCUAUUUACUAUUUGUAUUGGAACUUGUACGAAUCUUCAAAGUAUUAAAUGGAAUAUUUAUCAAGGAUCGGACAAUUCAACAUCUUCAAAUUCUACUCAAUGGACACUGUUUAAUAAUACGAUUCUAUAUGAAAAUAUUUGGUUUUUUGGCACAAAUACAAGUAAUUUCACAGCAACAGAUCUAUUAUUUCUUAAUAAUCUUCAAAUAAGUCUUUGGCGUUUUGAAGUUGUUUAUACAUUUCAAUCCGCAAUAAGUACAAGUGCAUUGAAUUUUAUUAUUAAUCAACCGCCUGCAAAUGGUUCGUGUUCAAUCAAUCCUCUUGAUGGUACCAUAACUACUUUAUUCAAUAUUACAUGUCCAAACUGGUAUGAUGUAGAUGGAAUACAAGAUUAUUCAUUAUAUGGUAUGCUUAGUUUUCAUUAUGGACUGAUUUUUGUACUUUCUGUCAUUUUAGCAUGGACAACAGACAUAUCACAACGAACAAUAAUUGCAUUUUCACCAGAAGAUAAUUUUCAAGUUCGAUUACCAGCUGGUGAUAAUGAAACUUCAUUACUCAAUCUUGUUGUUUAUGUUCGAGAUCUUGCGGGUUCUGUUACACAAGUGAAUAUAUCGUCUGUUAAUGUUAUUGCAGAUUUGGCCAUAAUUAAUGAUUUAAUUGAUAAAAUAACAAAUUCGUCGAGUACAAUAACAAAUAAUGCAAUUGUUCAAUUACUUUCAAGUGGAAAUCAAAAUGUUGUUGGACAAAUUUUUAUUGCAUUAUCACAAGAAUUCAAUCAAAUGAAUGGUGACAACUUAGAUAAAGCUAUAUCAAGUGGAAUAUCAGCUGUAGAUAUUUCAGUAUCACCAUUAGGAAGUUCAAGUUUACAACAAGUUUCAACAUCAUUGAAUGAAUCAGCUUUAAUUGACUAUAAUACGGAAUUAAAUUCUCUGGCAAAUGUUCGAGAUUAUCUAGUAACAUUUAUAACUCAACUUCUCAUAACAACAUCAAAUAGCAUUAUAUUACAAUCAUCAUCAUUAGUUCAAUUAACUCAAGCAACAAAUCAAUUAACACGAAAUACUUUAAUGCUUGUAUCAAAUCGAUGUUAUGAAUUAUCUGCUGCAUUAUAUGCAAUGUUUGAAAAGAUCUCAUAUGAAGAUGCUCAAUCAGCAUCAAAUCAACUUUUUCAAUGUGCUUCAAAUCUUUUAAAUGCUGUGAAUGGACCAUUACAAGGACGAACAAAUGUACUUGAUUUGGAUUAUUCUCGUGCAAAUGCCAUAUCUACUGAUUAUGAUACUGAUCUUGAAUCUGAAUGGUCAAAUUUAAAUUUAUUUUCUGAUGGAAAUGAUUUUUCUACUGCAACAAUUGAAAAAAAUCGAAAUCUUUAUUAUCAAAAACAAUUAGCAAAUCAAAUCAAUAGUCAAGUAACAGAAAUGAUAUCAUUAUUAACAUCUUCAUUAAAUAUUCAUUUAAAUAUUGGUCAAAGUUCACUAAUGAAUACAUCUCAAUCAUUUGUAUCAUUAGAAACUAUAUCAAUUGCAUCACUUAAAGAUAGAAUAGUGAAACAAGUUGAAAAUGCUCAAUUUAAUAUUCCAUCAGAUUUUAUUUUAAACACAACUUCUAAUUCUUCAAUUUCACUUCGAUCAAGAGUAGAUCCACUUGCGUCAUUUGGAAAUUUUCAAAAUACAAAUCUUUCAAGAUCAAUUUCACUUUCAAUUAUUGAUCAAAAUGGAAAUGAAGUUUCUUUCGCAGCUCAUCAAAAUAAUCCAAUACAAUUGAUUAUUCCUCGUGAUCCAAAUGUAUUAAUUCCAUCAAUGUAUUUACAAAAUGUUACAUCAAUUAAUUCAACUAUUAAUAAUUUAUUAUUCAAUUAUCAUUAUAUUAAUAUAACAAGUUCUCUUCCGAUUUCAGUUCAUUUCGAAAUUCAUUCUUUAAAUAAAAGUCUUGCUUAUUUAUUUAUUUAUAAAUUUGAUCAAACACCACAAUUAAAUAGUUCAAUUAAUCUUAUUGAUGGAUGGACAGUAUUUUGUCCUUCCAAUUUAACAAAUGAUGAUAACUAUCGAUAUUUUAUUGAUAAUCUCCAAACACCUGGUCAUCAGUCAUUAAUAUUUGGAAUAAGAGAAUUAAAUUCAACAGAAAUGAAUACUUAUUGUUUAAAUAAUUCUUCAAUAAAUACGUCUUUACCAAUUACCGAUGAACCAUUUAAUUUUACAUCAAAUUAUGAACUUCGUAUAUAUACAUCAGGUUGUUAUUAUCUUGAUGAAAAUAAUAAUUGGAAAUCAGAUGGAUUAAUUGUUGGAUCAUUGACAAAUCAUUAUGAAACAGAAUGUCUUUCAACUCAUUUAACAUCAUUUGCUGGUGGUUUUAUUGUUUUACCAGAACCAAUUAAUUGGAGUUAUGUUUUUGCAAAUGCUGAUUUUUCAAAAAAUAAAACAAUUUAUUUAACAGUUAUUUGUAUGUCUAUUGCUUAUAUUAUUUUGAUGAUUUUUGGACGUUUCAAAGAUAAAAAAGAUAUUGAAAAAUUAGGAGUAACACCAUUACCUGAUAAUGAUAAAUCUGAUCAAUAUUAUUAUCAAAUUAUUGUUUUUACUGGUCAACGAGCAAAUUCUGGAACACAAUCAAAAGUUCAUUUUAUUCUCUCGAGUGAUAAUGAUGAAACACGUGUUCGAACAUUUUCAGAUCCUCAUCGGAAAAUAUUUCAACGUGGUGGAAUUGAUUCAUUUAUUAUGAGUGUUCCAAAAUCAUUAGGAUUAUUAAACUAUAUUCGUAUUUGGCACGAUAAUUCAGGAGAAGGUUCAUCAGCAUCAUGGUUUUUAAAAUAUAUUAUUGUUCGAGAUUUACAAACAAUGGAAAAAUUUUAUUUUAUUGCUCAACGUUGGUUUUCAGUUGAACAAGGAGAUGGACUUAUUGAACGAAUUUUACCCAUUGCUGGUGAAAUGGAAAAACAAAAUUUCUCUUAUGUAUUAUCGAAAAAAGCUUAUUUUAGUAUAUCCGAUGGUCAUUUAUGGUUUUCAAUUUUCUCUCGACCACCAUCGAAUAAAUUUACACGUGUUCAACGUUGUACUUGUUGUUUUGUUUUAUUAUUUGCUUCAAUGUUACUUAAUAUAAUGUACUAUGAUUUAUCUGCCGAAGCAAAAUCGACAAAUAAUACAGAAAGUAAUAGUCUAUCAAUUGGUCCUCUUUAUAUAGCACCAGAACAAAUUGGAAUUGGUAUAAUGGUUGAAUUACUCUCGUUAGUUCCAAGUAUUUUCAUAGUACAAUUCUUUCGACGUAUUCGACCUCGUCGACAAAUUUCACCAUUACGUCAAGCAAUGGAGAAAAUAAGAUCAUUACCACACACUAAUUCAAAAGAUACGACUAUAAUUAAAAAUAAAAAACAGCAAUUCACAUUUCCUUGGUGGUGUUUAUUUAUUGCUUAUACAUUUUCUUUUGUGAUAAUUGCUGUUUCAAUAUUUUUUAUCAUUGUCAAAGGAAUUAUAUUUGGUGAUUUAAAAACUCAACAAUGGUUAACAUCUGUUCUUACUGGCUUUUUCUCAUCAAUUAUUCUUACUCAACCAAUUAAAAUUUUAGGUUUGGCAGUAUUUUUUACUCUGUUUUGUCGAAAUUCGAAUGAUGAUAAAGAAGCAAAAGAAUAUAUAGAUGAGACUAAUUUUGAAUUAGAUGGUGAUGAAGAUUAUCUUCAUUCGAAUAAUUUUUCAUUGAUUUCAAAUUCUUCAAAACGUAUUACUCGUCUAAAUGAAAAUGAAGUAGCUUUUCUUCGUGAACAACGUUUAAAAGAACUUCAAAUGUGGUCAAUUAUUCGAGAAUUUAUAAUUUAUGCCAUAUUUUUAGCAUUACUUUUUGUAAUAGCUUUUUUGAAUGGUACACAAAAUAGUUUUUAUCAAACUGAUCAUUUACAAAAAUAUUUUCUAAAUACAAGACAAACAGAUUGUGAUUAUACACAAAUUUUAACAAUUGAUGAUUAUUGGAAUUGGUUAAAUAAUAGUUUUGUUUCAAAUCUUCGAGCUCAAGAAUGGUAUAAUGAUGAUCAACCGAUAAAUUUAAAUGGAUACAUAAAUGAUAAAACAAAUCGAAUGAUCGGUUGGGCAACAAUGAGACAAUUACGUAGUAAAUCACAAUUAUGUUCUGAUCAACGUAUAAUAUCAACAUGUAUAAAUGAUUAUAGUUUAUUUAAUGAAGAAAAAGAUUCAUUUCAACCAGGAUGGAUACUGAAUCAAACAUCAAUAGAAGAAGAAGAAGAUUAUAGUUCAUCAAUUUUAAAAGCAUUUCAAUAUCAAUCAAGUAAAGAAUUGGAUACAUAUGCUUAUGUAGGUGAUCAUGGAACAUAUAGUGGAGAUGGUUAUGUAUAUGAAUUUCGUGGUCGUUUAUCUGAUAUCAAAAGUAAUUUAUCUAAACUUCAUCAAUUACAAUGGAUCGAUGCUAACACAAGAGCUGUUAUCAUUCAAUUAACUUUAUAUAAUCCAAAUGUUGCAUUAUUUACUUCAGUUACUUUUCUUCUCGAAUUUUUAUCUGCAAGUGGAAUUUCUCCGUCAGCUCGUUUUGAACCUCUUAAUUUCUAUGUAUUUACAUCAUUAACACAAUUGAUUUGUACAAUUAUUUAUAUAUGCUUUAUUAUUUAUUUUCUUAUUAUUGAAAUUAAAUUAUUAAGUAAAUUACAAUUAAAAUAUUUUUAUGAAUUUUGGUCGCUAAUUCAAGUUGGUAUAAUAAGUUGUUCAAUUACAAGUAUUAUUAUUUAUAUUUGGCGUUUUAAAGAAUAUAAUCGUUUAAGUUCACUUUUUCUCGAAACAAAUGGAUACGUUUAUGUUAAUUUACAAAUGAUAGCUUAUGUUGAUGAUGUAUUAACAUCUCUUCUUGGUUUUUGUUGUUUUUUUGGAACAAUUAAAUUUAUUAAAUUUAUUCGGUUUAAUAAAUCAUUAAGAAUAUUUGUUCAAACUCUUAAAUAUGUUACAAAAGAACUUAUUUCAUUUUCAUUUAUGUUUUCAAUUGUAUUUAUGGCUUUUGUUUCAUUAUUUUAUUUAUUAUUUACAUCAAGUAUUGAAUCAUGUUCAAGUUUAUUAUCAACAGCUCAAAUGUUAUUUGAAAUAACAUUAAUGAAAUUUGAUGCACGUGAUUUUACUGGAGCUGAUCCAUUUCUUGGUCCAUUUUGUUUUUCACUUUUUGUUAUUAUCGUUGUCUUUAUAUGCUUAAGUAUGUUUAUUUCAAUACUUAAUGAUGGUUUUCAUCAUGUUGAAGAAAAUCCAAUUGAAGAUCCACACAUUUUCUCAUAUAUGUUAAAGAAAUUUUUAAAUUGGACACAUUUGCGAAGACCAAAUGUUGAAGAAAUUUAUGAAUUACAAGACUCUCAAAUGCGUUCUCAAUAUGUUGAUCCAAUUGAAAAUUUUCCUAAUAAAAUCGAUCAAUUAUUAGAAGCAAUCGAUCGACGUUUUCAAGAAACUAAUCUUAUAAGUCAAUUAUUUGAACAAACAAAUGGUUAUAUUUAUAUCAAUUUACAACUUGCUGUUUAUGUUAAUGAUAUUUUAACAUUUCUUCUUGGUUAUUGUUGUUUUUUUAGUAUGAUUAAAUGUCUUCAUUUACUUCGUUUUAAUCAACGAGUAUCUUUAUUUGCUGAAACAUUAAAAUACUGUGCAAAGUCAUUGAUUUUAUUUCCACUAAUGUUUGCAAUCGUAUUUAUAGCAUUUCUUUGUUUCUUUUAUUUAUUAUUUGUAUCAAAGCUUUCGUCAUGUUCAAGUUUAUUAUCGACUGCUCAAAUGCUUUUUGAAAUGACGUUAAUCAAAUGUGAUGCAUCAAAAAUAAGCGGAGCUGAUGCAUUUCUUGGUCCAUUCUGUUUUACGUUAUUUAUAUUUCUAGUUGUUUUUGUUUGCUUAAAUAUGUUUCUCUCAAUAAUUAAUGAUAGUUUUCGUCAUGCGAAAAAGAAUCAAAAAGACGAUCAAAUUAUAUUUUUAUUUAUGCUAAAGAAAUUUUUACGAUGGACAGGUCUGAAAAGAUUAAAUCAAGAAGAAAUUCAAGAAGAACGAGAUUGUCGAAUGCGUUCACAAUAUUUUGAUCCAAUUGAAAAUUUUCCUGAUCGAAUUGAUCAAUUACUAGAAGCACUCAAUAAAAUUUAUGUUGAUCAAAAAAGAGAAUUAGCAAGGCUGGACAAAGCUGGACUCUAA